GUGUGUGCUUGUGCGGUGAAACAGAUGACAAAGCUAAAGGGUUAAAUGUUAACUGGCGGACCAACCUGGGCAGACUGACGCUACUGAAGGACCACGCCCACCCCAGAGAUUGACAGGCCAAAGUUCUCUUGUCCUCUGACGCUUCUGCUAACAGAGGGCCAGAAGGCACAUGACCCACGCUGGAUGACUCCUGAGAGACCGAGACCAAACUCUACCAAGCCUCUCCUGCCUUGCUUGGCCCUCUCCUCACGCAGCAGCUGAUUCCUAGGAACUAGGUUCUGUUAGGCCAAUUGGCAGACCAUCUCUACCCAGCCGAGAGUGACAGAGCACGGGAAGCAAGAAGAGACCUUGACCCUAUUUGGUCCAGAAAACGAACUGACCAGACAGGCUUUUAUAAAGGUAUACAGUGUUCUACGCAGACUGUCCAUUAUGGCAAACAAGGUCACCCAGAUAUCACGAGAGGACCUGGAGGAGCUCAGAGAAGCUUUCAACAGGAUUGACAUUGACAACAGUGGUUUCGUCAGUGACUUUGAGCUACAGGAGCUGUUCAAAGAAGCUAGUUUCUCCAUACCAGGCUAUAGAGUGAGAGAGAUAGUGGAGACCUUCAUAGCAGGAGACAUCAACAAGGACGAGAAGAUCAGCUUUGAAGAGUUUGUCUCGAUCUUUCAGGAGCUAAAGAGCAAGGAGCUCAGUGAGACAUUCAAGAAAACCAUUGCCAGGAAAGAAGGGAUCCAAUCUUUUGGAGGAACGUCAGGAAUCUCCAGCGAGGGAACACAGCACUCCUACUCAGACGAGGAGAAGGUAGCGUUCGUGAACUGGAUCAACAAAGCCUUGGCCAAGGACGAAGACUGUAAACACCUCCUACCUAUGAACCCUGAUGACAACAGCCUCUUCACAUCAGUCAAAGAUGGAAUCCUGCUUUGUAAAAUGAUCAACUUGUCUCAGUCCGACACCAUCGACGAGAGAGUCAUCAACACCAAGAAACUGACCACCUUCACCAUGACUGAGAACCUGAUCCUGGCCAUAAACUCAGCAUUGUCUAUUGGCUGUACAGUGGUCAACAUAGACGCCCCUGACCUGAUGGCUGGGAAACCCCACCUGGUUAUGGGAUUACUGUGGCAAAUCAUCAAGACGGGACUGUUUGCUGAUAUAGAGAUCCGUCGCAAUGAAGCUCUCAUUAGUCUGCUGUCUGAGGGGGAGGAGUUAGAGCAUCUGAUGUCAAUGUCUCCUGAGGAAUUGUUGCUACGCUGGGUCAACCAUCACUUAGGCAAUGCUGGGGUCCAGCCAAUCAGGAACUUCAGUGAUGACAUCAAGGACUCCAGGGCAUAUUUCCAUCUGUUGGAUCAGGUCUCACCUAAAGGAGAUGACAUGGAUGAGAUGUCCAUUCACAUCGAUAUGACCGGCAUCAACGAGCGUGAUGACGAGCGCCGGGCAGAGCUGAUGCUACGCCAGGCGGCCCGCCUGGACUGCAGGCAGUUUGUGUCUCCCAUGGAUGUGGUGUCUGGUAAUAGCAAGCUGAACCUGGCCUUCGUAGCCAACCUCUUCAACGCACACCCUGCCUUGGACAGGGUUAACAGGAAUGGGAUUGACCCAGCAAUUAUAGAGGGAGAGUCGAGAGAGGAGAGGACAUUCAGGAACUGGAUGAACUCUCUGGGAGUGGCUCCCUAUGUCAACCACCUCUACUGUGACCUGUGUGAUGCGCUGGUGAUACUACAGCUGUAUGAGAAAGUCAAUGUGCCCGUUGACUGGAAAAAGGUGAACAGACCACCAUACUCUACCCUGGGUAGUAACAUGAAGAAGUUGGAGAACUGUACCUAUGCAGUGGAACUGGGUCGGAAUGAAGCUAAAUUCUCAUUGGUUGGAAUUGGAGGAGUGAAUCUCAACGAGGGGAGUCCCAUGCACACACUGGCUCUGGUCUGGCAACUGAUGAGGAGGUACACUCUCCAGGUGUUAUCCAAUCUUGGAGAUGGGGAGAAGAUUGGAGACCAGAUCAUAAUCAACUGGGUCAAUACCCAGCUCAAAGCGGGAAAGAAGGACACACAGAUCAACAGCUUUAAGGACAAACUGAUUAGUACCAGCCUGCCAGUAAUAGACCUUAUAGACACCAUUGCUCCCAGCUCUGUCAAACAGGAGCUGGUGAAGAGAGGAAACCUCAGCGACGUGGACAAGUUGAACAACGCCAAGUAUGCUAUCUCUGUAGCCAGGAAGAUCGGUGCCCGUGUGUAUGCCCUUCCCGAUGACCUGGUGGAAGUGAAACCCAAGAUGGUCCUGACCGUGUUCGCAUGCCUGAUGGGGAGGGGCAUGAAAAAAGCUGACUACUGAACACAUACCCUUCAGUCUAGACCUCUUUCCUUCUCAGCUUCCUGUCUAGUCUGAGAUUAGAUCAGUGUAUAAUCAGAGAAUCAGAGGGCAGCCGACUGUUCUUUAAACAUUUAUUUCACCACUGAUAGGAACUGAGACUUCAUAUCCUUAGUGUGCUCUGGGGUGCUGAAAGAUUAUUUUAAUAAAAAACUAAAUUAUUAAUUUAUUGAUUCAUUCGGUUAAAGAGAAACAGUAGCUUUUAAUGUAUUUGUGUUUUUUUUUAUUCUAAGCAGUUGAGGGUAUUUGCACCUUCUGUUUCAGUCAAACACACAAAUGCACACAUUACAGAAUUAAUGAUUCACAUAGUGCAGACAUGUUAAUGUGUUAUUCUCAAUUUAUUAAACUCAAUCUACCAAAGAAAAUAACCUGGCAAUGUGACAUUUUCUUAAUGCAC